AUGCAGCUUUCCACAAUCUACGGGGAGGAAGUUUGUGAUGAUUUACUUAAGGUGACAUCGUUCAGCUCUUUAUUGGAGCAUAAUUAUUCCAGCGAGUUGCCCUCCGAUAAGACCCCCGAUCAGUCUUUUAUCAGUUUGAUAAAUUCGAAACCUAUACAAGCGUCAUCAAAGGUGUUUAACAUUGGGUGCAUGAGAAUUGCUAUACCACCACCCAUAUUGGACUUUGGAUCUAAUUCGCAGACUUCAACCGCAAAAUGGAUAGACAACACCAUUUCCACCGACAACUCGGAGACGCUUAUGACUUUUGACUUCACAUCUUUAAAGCUGCCAUCUAUACAGUUAAAUGAAUUCGAUCGGAGUUUUAUCAACGUUUAA